AUGAACCCCGACUUGGGAGCAACCCACAAGUUCACAAAAGGAAUAGAAAAUGGGGCCAUCGAAAUGGGAAACCCAAACCUGACAGUCAGCAAGAUAAAAAGUCAUAUAAAGAGCUAUCUCGAAUUAGAUAAAAAAUUUUAUGAACUGUUCAUAAGGGUGAUGGAAAUCUCAGAAAAUCUAUGCAGCAAUAUUAAGGAAACUCUUAAGGAAGUGAAAAUGGAUAUGACCGAGUCUUUAUUGAAUGAAGAGCAAUUUUUAAAAAAAAAAAAGGACGAAAACUGUCUAAAGGAAAAACUACGUGCUGUCGAGGAGGUGAUAAGGGAGUUAUCCACAGUGAUGAUGCACAUUGGCCAGAAUUGCAAAAAUCUGAAGGAGUUGUUUUUGUGUCUGUACAUGUUCGUAUUUGAGUCUCCCUCUGAUGAGGUGCCUGUGGGUGGGUCCCUCAGUGCUCACGUCGUCAGACGCUCCAAUGGCAUGACAGAGCCCCCCACAGUUGCAAGCCUACUGUCACAGAACAAAAUAAGUGAACACGAGUUUGAGGUGGCCCGUACAAAGGGUACAUUCGUAUCUGAUGCGUACACCAGUGAGGAGAUUAACAGAAUGGUAAAGAGAUGCCUGAUGUUGUGUUCCCAACCCGCGGUGUCUUCUUACCACUUAACAGAACAGAUACAAAAUUUUUUUUUAUUGACAGCUGUAAUAUUUUACAUGGAGAGGGACAUAAAAGUAAGAAUUAAAAUUUGUAAUUUAAUCUCAAGUGAAAUACAUAUAAACAUUUUGAAUAUAAAAAAAUGUUCCGUGAUACUUAUGCACAAUCCGUAUUUAAAUAAAAUAAAACGGCUAUCAAAUAGGUUUUAA